AUGAUGCAGGUUGCGUUCCUCAUUUUCGCUUCGUUCUCUAUCAGUGUGAACGCAUUUGCAGUUGAUUUUAAAGAUGAAGAAGGACCGUUUGUCCCGAUCGCCACAGAACAAUUCAAAUCAUUUCUUGGUCGACAUCAAACAAAAUGCGAAGAGUUUCAACAUAAAUGCAAACGAUUCGCAAAGUGCUUCUGUGAUUGCAAAGAGCAGUUAAUCCGCGCAAGUGAUCUAGAUGAUGCGGCUGAAUCUCUGACUGAGGAGCAGCGUAAAGAAUCUGAGUCUGUGAUGACAAAUCCUUGUGUGGGAAUGUUCGCAUAUUGCCUCUCUGUCGAUUUCUUCACCCUGAAGAGAAUCCUCAGAUUAGAGACACCGGAUGCAUUCUAA